AAAAUAAAAAUCUAUAAUAUUCUGUGAACCUUUAUUCUAAUAUUCUUUAGUGAAAUUGCCUCACAAUGUUUCUGCUCAUGUUUCAGAGGCUGAGAUGAUGGAAAGCGCCCACACUUUGGCUGCACUCCUGCUUCUCAUCAUCAUCCAGAGCAGCUGGCAGGUGCCCGACCAGGACACAGAUCGAAACUCCCUGUCACUGAACGAAAACUCCUUAACUGAACCACUUGUGUUCCCAAACAUGAAGAGACACUCGGAGGGAACAUUUUCCAACGAUUACAGUAAAUACCUGGAGACGAGAAGAGCUCAAGAUUUUGUACAGUGGCUCAAGAAUUCAAAAAGGAAUGGGAGUUUAUUGAGACGUCACGCAGACGGCACCUACACCAGCGAUGUGAGCUCCUACCUGCAGGACCAGGCAGCCAAGGAGUUUGUGUCCUGGCUGAAGACGGGCCGGGGCAGAAGAGACUAGACUCAGUAAUGCAACAGUGACUCUGUGGCUAUUCUAUGUUUCACAGUGUGUACGAGCCUUUUUCUUGGUCAUGCUAUUAAAUUCCCGUGAUAAGAAGCGAUGUCGGCCUUCGGUGGUUGAAGGGAAAUGUUUGUCAAAAUGGAAAAAACACGACAGUAUGUUUGAAAUUGUGUCGUAAAUGCUGGGUGAAUUUAUUUCAUCAAGCAUUGACGUCAUGAUUCUUUUCUUUUUUUUUAAAGAUUUCACAU